GAUACAUACUGAAUAUAUUACAUUGUCCCGUGUCACACGAAGGGGAAACGUAGUGAGAGCAUAGACAAAAUUAUGAUAGGCUGGUCCUUUUCACUGUCUCUUGUCUUCAAAAUGGAUAACCUUGCUGGGUAGGAAACGUUAGUAACGCCAGAGUAACAGUUAACCAACAAUCCUAUGAUUUCUUUAACCUCACAUGCUGGCAGUGUUGUCGUCUGAGACGGAGGGUUGCAAACCGAAGUAGCUUAGCGAUACUCAAAUUCAUGCAGACUAUUUGAAAAGUUGCUUUUUUCUUGUCAAUUUUCCUGGGAUGCACCCCGAUGUAGACCAUGUUGGUUCUUUAAAUAUCGUCGCUAGAAUGUCGCUACCGCUGCCAGUUUAGAUGUAGAGAUUCGACGAAGAGGACAGAAAUGCCAACAAUGAAGGUGGAAUCACCUAUCACUACAAUCGCAACAUGGCUGCUGCAGAGACGGUAAAGUAAGAAAAGUUUAGCCCUAGGCGUAUAAGUUUUACUUUAAUCUCUGAACUUCAGAAAUCGCUUUAACUGUAGAUACAGCGACUAUUUCGCCAACUGAACUGAUUGGAACAAGGGAGCUCUGUGGAUUAUCUCCAGCAAGUGAAAGCGACUGAGCCCGCCGUCCUCUAUAUUUUUUUCUUCACGAAUUGCAAAGCAACUUUUUGGAUUCUUGUUUUUUGGUGCCUUCUCGCCAAGUUGUUCGGGAUUCGACAUUAUAAGCCAAAAUGCAUUUUUCCAUUCCUGAGACGGAGGUCCGUUCCGGUGAAAAUGGAUCCACAUAUGUGGCAUACAACAUCCAUGUCAAUGGCGUCCUUCACUGCAGAGUUCGUUACAGCCAGCUCCUGGGCCUCCAUGAGCAGAUUAAGAAGGAGUAUGGGAACAAUGUGGUGCCGGCCUUCCCUCCCAAGAAAAUCUUCACCCUGACGCCUGCGGAGGUGGAACAGAGGAGGGAACAGCUGGAGAAGUAUAUGCAGGCUGUUAGACAAGACCCUACGCUGGGAUCCAGUGAGAUGUUUAACAGCUUCCUGAGGAAAGCCCAGCAGGAAACACAGCAAAUCCCCACAGAGGAGGUGCAGCUGGAGGUGCACCUGUCCAAGGGUCAGAAGGUGCGGGUCAACAUCCUCACAUCGGACCAGACCGAGGACGUCCUGGAGGCAGUGGCAGCAAAGCUGGACCUGCCUGACGAGCUGGUGGGGUACUUCAGCCUCUUCCUGGUGCAGGAGGGAGCCGACGGAGGCUACACCUUCGUGAGGAAGCUGCAGGAGUUUGAACUGCCCUACGUGUCUGUCACCAGUCUCCACAGCCCCGACUUCCACAUCGUCCUCCGCAAAAGCUACUGGGACACAGCAUAUGACAACGACGUCAUGGACAACCGAGUGGGCCUGAACUUGCUCUACUCUCAGACGGUGUCGGACAUCGAGCGAGGCUGGAUCCUAGUCAACAAGGAUCAGCACAGGCAGCUCAAGUCUCUGCAGGAGAAGGGCUCAAAGAAGGAGUUCAUCCGACUGGCUCAGACUUUGAAGUACUACGGCUACAUCAAAUUCGACCCAUGUGUGACCGACUUCCCGGAGAAGGGCUGCCAUGUGAUCGUGAGCGCCGGCAACAACGAGCUCAACUUCCACGUGAAGCUGCCCAGCGAGCAGAUGAAGGAGGGCAGCUUCAAGGUGACGCGCAUGAGAUGCUGGAGGGUCACAUCAUCGCAGGUUCCGGUGGUCAACGGAUCAGCCAACCCCUGCAGCUCAGCGAAGUGUGAUGUCAAGCUGGAACUGGCCUUCGAGUACCUGAUGAGCAAAGACCGCCUUCAGUGGGUCACCAUCACCAGUCAGCAGGCCAUCAUGAUGAGCAUCUGCCUCCAGGCCAUGGUUGACGAGCUAAUGGUGAAGAAGUCUGGUGGAAGUAUCAAAAAGAUGCAGAAGAAACGGCUCAACGGCGCCCUCCACAGGUCGGACAGCAACCAGGCAGUGAAGUCCCCUCCGUUGCUGGAUUCCCCCGACCCGAACCGUGAGCAAGUUGUCAAACUCUCGACCAAGUUGACCUCUGUGUCACUUCGAGGCAUCAGCGCCUCCAGCUCCAACAACGACAUCAGCGGCAACGAUUUCCACGGCAACUUCGCCUUUGAGGGGAUUGGCGACGAUGAUCUGUGACCCCUACCCUCGAAUGCUCAGAGAGACAGAGAGAGAGCGCAAGAGAGACGACAGAGAGGAGAGAGAGAGAGAGAGAGGGAUAGAGGAAGACGAGGAGGACGAGGAGAGAGAUAGGCAUGCAUGCUACAGUGGAGCCCCUGAGGUUCUCCGAGAGACCAGCGGGGUUGGAAAGGCUUUUAACCCUGAUGUCAGUUCUUCCAGACAUCAAUGCCCCACCCCCACCCCUCCCACCAACACCACCUCACCAUCCAUCUGAACCCCCCCACCCCCACUCAGCCACCCUGCAUGGCUGCACAGUUUAUUUCUUAUCAUUCCAAUGCAGUCAGUUAGCACCAGGCCGUUAUUUCAUCACAUUACCAUUGUUCAGGGUCCUUUCCAAGCCACUGCGGUUUUGAAACGUGUUUUGCUUGUACCCACUGACGGAAAUCCCACAGAGCCCCACUGCUAGGAAUACUGUUAAGACUUUUUUUUGUUUGGUUGUUUUUUUUGGCUGCGAUGUUCAUGGGGGAAAGGGUCCCUGGUGUUUCUACAUCCUAAAAAGUACAUAUAAGGAUUUUCAGUCAAAUGUUUUAAGGACAAAAUGCCCCCUGAAAUGAUUUAAUGCUCAAAUGUCAAAUAUUUGACAUAAAGUUGGUGUUGGUGAAAAUGUAGAUGUGAAAAAUUUGCCAAUCACAGUGUUUCUUUACGUCACGCAAUACGUCACCGAUGUCUCCGAAUGUUGUGAAAUUGUAUAGUGGUCUGGUCUCUUGAGGCUGGUGUUUGGUUUCCCUCCUUUUUCUUUGUACGGCUACAUCGCUUAUCCCCACAAGUAGUCUUUAGCAUUUCAGGGUGCAUUGCGCUUUAAUGAUUCAUCUGUGGUGGAAAGCUAAACAACCCCUCAAAGAUUCUACUCAGACAGCUUCAAAAAUGAUCAUCCAGUGGGUUCUUUAAAAUCUUCUCCAUCAGGGAGGAGUGUUUGGGGCUGGUCUAGUUUGCACAACCUGUUCUUCCUCCUCUCCAGACAUGAAGGGCAUGGUAUCAUCAUGCAUCAUCCUCCAGUUUCCUUAAAAGUAUUCAAUAUUUCAUGCCACCAUGGUUGACAUUUCAAAGGAUGAGUUUUCAGAUGUUAUUGACUUGGGCAUCUGGCCAGAAUUUCUGCCCCGGAGUUUAGAUGGCAACGUGUUGAAAUGGAAUUGAUUAGACUGAUUUUGUUGACAGCCAAAACUAUGUUUUGAUUGAUAAACAGUACUUAUCCAAAUCCAUUAACCCCCCACACUAUCAUCACAUAGUCCCUUUAGUGAGCAUUAGAAUGUAAGAAUGUAAGCCCAGUUCAGUGUUCAGUGUUGUGCGUUGAGUAUGACGCUGUUAAAAAGUGUUUGGGAUGUAAUGGUUUUAUCAGAGGCUUAGCUGGGGUUUCUGAGGCAGAGUCUGACACACUACUGCCUCUGACUGUCUAUCAUCUGCAGUUUAAAGUUGCAGUAUGUAGUUUUUUUUGCUGUUAAAGUUUCAGGUUUAGAAAAAGAUUGGAAUUCAGAAAUGAUAAUUAAGACGGUUUUCAGUCGUCUAUUUGUUCUGUGUCUCUUGAUUAUCUGUUUCGGUUUUUCUGUCACGUCUUUAAAACUUGGAUAUUGUUUUUGGAUUGUUAAAAUUGUAGAUAUAAAAACUGACCACAAAUGCAUCAAAACCUGAAACAAAGUAUAUAGAAAUUGGGAUGUAUGAUCUUCUCAGUGUUCAUUCAGAGUUUUGUAAUAUUUUGCACAGCAAAAAAAAAAAAACUACAUAUUGUUCCUUAAAAAACGUGUAGAGAAAAAACAUGUUGUUUGUACAAAGGUUUUUGCUUUUCUUUUUUGCUGCCUUAAAAAUAAAAUAGUUCCGAUGCCUUCCGAAACAACUGCUCAGCUCUGAUCCAGGACUGGGCAUCGUGGACUGGCGCUUAACCUCACCCUCACCCUCGCCUCUGUGAUCCAGGACUGGGCAUCGUGGACUGGCUCUUAACCUCACUCUCACCCUCGCCUCUGUGCCUGGCAACAGCCAAUGGGAGUCCCUGGCUCAACAUUUUUUGGAGAAUUCUGGAAAGAUUUGAUCGGUUAGUUUGGCAGAACUGCUUGCACUUGCUGAAGCUAUGACAUUGCACAGUAUUAAGAGGGACUAAUUGCUAAUUUAUUGAAUUUGAAAGCGAGUGAAGGAGCGAUAGGACAAAAAGAACCAUGGACAACUACAUUUGGUAACAUUUCAAAGGGGGGUUCUGAAGAAUUGUCAUCAGAUUUCUGUUUUUGUUGUCAUUAUUGUUGCUGUUAUUCCAACCAAUAUUUUUAAGGUUUCUCAUAAAUGCCAAAAUUAUAGUUUACUAAAGCAUUUUGCACAAAGAAACAUUUAAGAAUCACGAUAAUGUCACUUUUAUACAUGUACAUGCAAUUGCAAGUAUUCUGAGCAUUUACUAAUAUCUCUUAUCAAUAAUCUGUUGUAAUCAUGUAGAACAAUGUAAUCUAAACUGUGUAAAAUAUUAGAAACUAACAUUUUAUCAUUGUUUACAGAAUUGUAGAAAAUCAUAGCAAGAGAGAAGUGUUUAUCUGAUUUGUUUGUUUGGUUUUGGUCUAAAUACUAGUUAUGCAUUUUGAAAUGUCUUUGUUUUGCUGAGCGUCAUUCCAGGGGUCGGGUAUUGUUCUCUUAAAAAAAAAAAAAAAAAAAAACAUAAAUUUUGUGUUCGACAAAAGGAAUAGUUUUUUUUUUUUGUAUCAUCUCAGAAGAUUGUGCCAUAACGGCUGAUUUCACAUGCCUUGGAGCGAAAAUGGUCACCUUUUCGCAUUUGUUGAUGACCACCAUCACUGAAGAGACAUAUUUUUCCUGUUUACCUUCCUCGUAGCGCAUGAGAAUGUUGACUGCCCGGGAAUGGACGAGUGACAGGACCAGUUUGUCACCAGCGUCGGGUUUUAAAUAUUGAAAAGGUCCAGGGAACGAUUCGAGCAUUGUGUCAUGGAAUUGUUUGUAUCCUGUGAUUCAUUUUGUUCCUGACUUCAGCUGUAUUUGCCAGCCUCUGUGAAGCGUUAAGGGGCAAACGAUUUGUACUCUGGAGAACAGAGUAGCCUAUCAGUAUGAUUUCGUGUUUCCUUUCAACUGCCGUGUGAACUGUUAAAUGGGAACUGCAGUGCUGGAACUCCGAAUAAAUUUAGGUGCCAAAUAUCACAAACUA